UUGAAUUUGUUUUAGUCCUUUAUGAAAAAAAUGGUCGUGUUUUAAAAAACAUCUUAAGCGCUUUACCUUAGACGGCAUUUUUAGCCAUCACACACGGUUCUGAAUCAAUCGAGGGAUCUAGGUAGCCAGCUCACUGGGUAUUGAGACACCGCCCGUGUCUAUGCAUGGACGACUGUCUGGGCUAACAGGAGCCGACUGAGAUUAUUAAUCUUUCGCAAACUAGCAGCACUCUAUGGUCCUCACCCUGGCUUUGGUCAGCAUUGGCAGCCAUGCGGAUCAGGCUGCAGGGCACCGGACAUGCGGGGCGUCUCCUCUCCGAGCUCAACCGCUGCCGCCUGUCUCGCCUCCUCUGUGACAUCAUCCUUCAGGUCGGGGGGCGCUCUUUUCCGGCUCAUCGCGCAGUCUUAGCAUGUUCCUGCACGCACUUCAACAGCCUCUUCUCCAGAUGCUCCAGCAGCCAGGGUGCUAUUCCAACCACCUUCUCUGUGGAUUUUGUCUCGGCCUCCAAUUUCGAGAAGGUGCUGACGUUUAUUUACACAGGGGAGAUUUUCACAGACUUGAUCGAUGUAGGUGUGUUGUAUGAGUUGGCGGAAAGGCUCGGCGUGAGGGAGUUGGUGAACGCUUGCCACGCCACCUUUCCUGACCUACAAAGCUCCAGCUCCGGAAACACCGCAGGCGAUGGAGACUUGGAGAAUGAUAUGGUGUCCACCAAUGCUGUGGCUGCAUCUGUUUGCUCGUCUUCCGCAGCAUCCUGCUCUUCCCUAUCAUCUUCAGCCGCUCCAACACCUGUAACUCCAUCUCCAGUUUCCCAGGUCAGAAACGGCAGGUUGAAUCGCUCCCAUCUGGCUGCUCAAUCACCGAAAAACGAAGACUUGCAGGUACAUUUGGGUUACAGCCAACAGGAAAUCAACAAGCCAAGCCCGUCAGAUAGUAACCGUUCUGCAGACGCUCUUCCAGGCCUCACUUUGCAGCUCAAGCAAGAGGAUGAAGAAGAAGACGAUGAAGAAAAUGGAGGAAGUAACUCAGUUGACCAGGUUGUCAUUAAUGGUAGCAAACCAACAUUCGGAGCUCAGGAAACUUGUUCAGUUCCUGAUUCUUCAGCCCAGGUUGUUGGAGAAACCUGCGCUCCUUCAUCAUCCUCCACUGACCCGUUGGAUAGUUUGCAACUUAGUGCUGUUGCAGGACCAAUCAAAGAGUCAGAUUUUUUUGAGGAAGAUGACACUAGGAAGAGGUCAAGUGUCCAGGAGGAGCAGACUGAAAGUGGUGAUCAAUGGCGAGCUCUUUCUGAGGACAUCAUUGAGCUGAGUGAUGAAGAGGAACACUUUAUAGUGGAGGAAGAGGACGACGAGGACUUGAUGUGUAUUGAGAACUGUGAAAAUGGUGCAUCUCUUGGGCAGAUGUCUCCAUCAUUGCCUUGCAAAACAUGUGGGAUGCUGCUUCCUGCAGAAAAUGGCAUCAUUCGGACUCACGCGGAAACGCACCUCUCAGAUUCGGGUUCUUGUCAGGUGUGUGGCACCUCCUUCUCAGACCGUGCCGCUGGCGUCGCACAUGCACUCACGCAUGUGGGCAUCUUGCUCUUCUCGUGUGACGUUUGCGAGCACCAGUUUAGGACUGAGAUGGCGCUGAUUCACCACAGACGUCAGUCAGCAGCCAAAAGUGUCCCGCAAAACCCAGAGCAGAUGAAUGGAGCCACCCAAAGGCAAGGAGGGGAACUGCAGUGCGCCGUCUGUGCUAAAUCCAUCGCCAAUGACUUUAAGGCUGUCAGAGACCACGUCCAAAGCCACGCAUGCUUGAGGACAUUGCGCUGUGGAGUGUGCCAGCUCUCUCAGCCCUCACGGUGCGCCCUCCUGUGGCACACACUCACACACCUCUUACCUAUUUACACCUGUCCACAAUGCUCCAGCCCCUUCCUAGAGAGCUCUCAGCUGGACAGACACCUGUCUCUACAUGCAGAGGAAGAAGAAGCUUCAAUGAAACAAGUCGACGGCAGUCCGGAGACCAGCGGAGAAGGCCAGACCGAGCUGCGCUGCUUUCUGUGCCCACAAACCUUCCGCUCCGAGGCGGCGUUUCAUUACCAUCUCAGCGUGCAUUCAAACGAGCUCCAGGGCGGUCAGGUAUGGCCAGGAAAACGCAAGGCAGACCAGCUUCUUGAAUACUCCUCGUCCUCCAGUUCUCCUUUAGAGCCGAGCGGUUCCAGUAAAGGAGGUUUUAAUGUAGGUUUCAACCUACAGGACAAAAUAACUCCCAGUGGACAUUUCCCAACCGGACUUGUUUUAAAUGGCAAUUCCGUCGGAGUCGCAGGGCUUAGGGAAAAAUUAUAUCGUUGUCGUUAUUGCGGUAAACAUUUCGCACACUCGGGCGAGUUUACCUAUCAUCUACGAAUUCAUACAGGUGAGAAACCGUAUCAGUGCAAAGUAUGUCUACGGUUUUUCCGUGGUCGUUCCACCAUGAUCUGCCACCUGAAGACGCACUCUGGCGCGCUCAUGUACCGCUGCACCGUCUGCGGGCUGUUUUUCUCCACACUCAAGAUGGUUUCUUCGCACAUGGAGGUCCAUAAAGACCAGCUGCCGGCCGAUUUUAAUAUUGAGGAGACCUUUAUGUAUAACGACCACUCUAAAGACCCCGUUCCAAAUCUGGACACCUGAAAAACAGCUGAAAAUCUCUCCGUCACACUGUGUGCCCACGUUUACUUACUCAGUUUGUCGUUGAGGACGAGUAGACUUAGAAUGUAAUAACUCCGUGUUUGGUGUGUUUGUGUUGUCGUGUGAAGAACUAUUUUUUAAAAAGGAUUAAAUAAAGGCAAAUCUUUAAUUUAAGAGAUGUAAUGCUAAUACUUGACCACUUGAUGGCAAGAGAGACUGAGCAAAAUCACAUUGGAAAUCAAACAUUUUUGGAAGCACCUUGUUUUUAUUUUAUAUAUAUAUUUUCUCAUUCCUUCUUUUUUACAUUUUAGAUUUUCAACAUAGUCAUAACUAAAAUAAACAUAUCAAAAGUAUCUUUUGUUGCAGCUUUUCAAACUUUUGCUAAGAACACGAUGAGUUGUUUGACCAAACAGAACUUUUUGGCUGCUUUUCAUUCUCUUAUCUGUUCUAACUCAUUCAUUUAAAGUGAAAUUUGUUCCUAAAAUAGGAUUAGAUCAUUAAUAUAAACUGGUUACCUUUCAAAGGUGUAAAAAAGGUACACCUUUUAAAGGUUAAAAUGAAAAAAUAGCUUUUAAAGGGACAGUUCACCCAAAAAUUCUAAAGUUUUGUGACUUCUGUUGAAACCAAAGGAAGAUAUACAGAAGAACGGUGGUCUUAAAAAUAACAACAUUGGCUGUUUCCCGAUUCCAAGAACGCAGAGACCAGACUCACGUUCUUGUGGAGACUAGUCUUGCCAAGUUACCUCGGAAGAACGAACUCAGGAGACCGCGAGAACAGAGAAUGUUCUGAUGGUCAAAUGACCUUUACGCGUUUUAAUGGGAUUAUUUAUUUAUUAUUUAAACAUUACAGCAUUCAUACAAUGAUUUAUUGUUUUUCCCCUUUUCACAAUAUAUACUAUGCAUAAAGACUUUACAAAUAUACAUUGCACAAUACACAUAAAACUAAUUUGAAUAGGAAUUUCAGCAAAUAAACACCCUUAAUUUGUUUAUGACUUUAUUAAGAUUUCCGUGUCAAUGUUUACUUUUAGCGUUUCAUUUAGGGAAUCUCCUGAGAUAAAUAAGUGAUAUCUCUGAACUUUAAUAAUAAAUCUAUAUAGAAUGCUGCAUUUCCCACCUCCUUUAUUCAGCCGCAAUGACUUCUGUGACUUCUAGAGUGAGUUUUGCACUCAAGUCGGCAUCGAUGCGUCCUCCAUAUCAAGAACACAUCCGGGAACUUUCAUGCGUCCUCCAUUCUUGUGGUCUUGAGUUUUCAUUUUUGAGUGAACUAUCCCUUUAAUGUACUGACCCUCAAGCCAGCCAAGAUGCAGAUGACUUUUAUUUUACAGUAGAAUGUUAAAGAUGAUUUGAACUGGUUUUGAGUGAUUUAAAAAAUGAACAGCAGUGACUUCUGAUGAAACAUUAUGGUCUUAUGAAGCUAAACGAUCAGCCUGUGUAAGAAAGUGAACAUUAUUUACAGCCUUGUUUCAUUUGAUGCAGCUUCUGUGAAUACUCCUGGUUUAGCAUAAACUACCAAAGUUUCAGCUAAAUCUGUAUUCAUGGCCUACUGAAGAAGAAAGGUCACCUACAUUGGAUGGGAGUUCUGAUUAACCCUAACAAAUUCAGCCAAAUGUGUCCAAAUGUGGUAUUUGUUGUGUUUUAUCUCUUUAUUGGGGUAAGAACCAUUUCAUGUAUGCUAACUUUAAUGACAUUUAUUACAAUAUAAUAUGUUUUUUAGUCACAAAAGUCUUGUAAUAACCCCCAGUAACACUCCAUGGGUUUUAAUAUUUCAGUGAGUGCCCUAUAAAGGGUUAAUCUAAAUCAUUUUAACAGGAUGUCCAAGUGCUGAUCUGCAAUUACCUCUAUUUACUCUUCCGGCAGUCUAUCACAAUAAGCUAAAGCUCUAGAGAAGCACAAACGCAUGAGAGCGUUGAGAAUAAACCAACUUUGUUUCUACUUUUUCUGAUAAAUACAGCAGUGCUCUAGGUCAAGGAUAUAGAUAAAAGGGUCACUUUUUAAAUUAAUAAAUAAAGGUACUUUUCUGUUACAGAAUAGCUGUUAUUUUUAUAGUAAUGUAUCAUUUAGAAAUAGUAACUGGUUUUUAUGAUGCAGUAUCAUAUAGUUUGUUUAGUAUGUUGUACAUAAAUCAUUUUUAACACCAUCAAUUAACAUUAUUUGGAGAAUAAGGGAUUUAGACUGAGGUGCUAAUAUAUCAGUUAUUUCUUACAGCAGUGUUCACUUUCUCUGUACAUUUUAUGUUAGUUUCCAUGUUUCAGUACAAACUGUAUUGUCAUGUGGGAAAGAAUAGACUCUCUUCUGAAUGCUGUGAUGUUUUUCUCUACCAUUUCCAGUGGUAUGUCUCUCUUUUUAUGUAUAAAUGGGACAGUUUUUUUAUUAUUACUGUACAUUUAAAUGUUCACUUCAAAACCGUUUUGUCGCACCGGUCCAUUCAUGACUAAAUGUCACUGGUCAAACAACAAAGUAUGUUUUCAGAACUGAUGGGAUGUUGUUGUUAUAGCUUUAUUUGAAAUGUAGCACAGACAAAUACUGGCUGAACAGAACAGCCUUACAGAUUGCCAAGUGUUUCCAAAUACUCCAUCACCUUUUAUCGAUCAGUCAUUUUUAGGGCAAAAAAACCUGCAUAUUAUAUUUUUUUUAUCAUGGUAUGUAGGAGACAGGAAUCUUUAUCGACUUUCAUUUGUGUUCAUUUUCAGGUCCUUUUCGUACUAUAUUUAAUUUUUUUUUCAACCAGAAACAAUUGCCUUAUAUUACUUCAGUGUUAUUUAUAUGAUUUAUAAAUCUGUUCAA